AGUUGGUUUUUGGCAUGUUUCCUGAACGUUUCCUGAACGUUUCCUGAACGUUUCCUGAACGUUUUCAACCCUUUUUGUUGCCUUUUCUUCGAUGGCUAACUUCCUUUUUUUGGGGCUUUAUGUCGACCAAGCUGUGAGUGAUAAGACUAUGUGGGGCGUGCAAUAAUACAGUAAAAGAUGUUUGACUUUUUCUAUUAAAUGUCAAUAACCUCUCCAUGUCUGGCCCUUGAUAUGAUUCUUAGUUUCCAGUGUGGCCCUCUGGGAAAUUGAGUUUGACCCCUCCUGCUGUAGCUAAUUCUUAAAAAAACCCCAUGGUUCAGCUUCAGACAAGCAGCUGAAACAUGACAUAUCUCGCCUUUCUCUCGCUUUUUAGUACUUUCUUUGUUGCCUUUUUUUUAAAUGUGUAUGCUGCUUUUUCGGACUUUUAUUUUUGUGAAUUAGUUUGUCGCUUGUGUUGCGUUCAGGAGCUGCGCGACAGAAACGAUGAGCUGAGCUCCGAGUUGGAGCUGCUGAAGAAUCAGAGGAGCCGCCGCCCAACGAUGUGUUUGAGUUGUUACAGUGUUACAGUGUGUGACAGUGUGUGUUUGUUUGUUUGUUCAGACGAGUCAGAGAUGAAGCGCAGCUCGUCUCCUCUGGUCCGGAAGAAGCUGCAGCCAGCAGAUAAAACCGCUCUGUGUUCCCUGGACGGUGUCUCGGGUCCUGCCGUCAGUAUCCAGACUGAACUGGCUCUGGAGACGCUGAAGCAGAAACACAACCAGGAGCUGCAGCAGCUGCACAUCAAGCUGGAGACACAAGUGAACUACUACGAGCGCAGCCUGGAGGUGAUGAGGCAGAGCAUGGAGGUGGAGCGGAAAGACAUCUCUCAGGCCUUCAAGAUGGAGAUCAGUGAGCUGGAGGAUCAGAAAGCUCAGGCGGAGCAGCAGGUGAAGCAGCUGAAGGAGAAACUGCAGACUCAGAUCCAACAUGGCGGAGGAGGAGGAGGAGGAGGAGGAGGAGGAGGAGGGUGGAGCAACGAGCAGGAGCGCAGGAUGCAGCGGGAGCGUGCGGAGCUGGAGCAGAACUUUGCCCGAGAGAUCGGUAACCUGGUCCAGAAACUGAGCGCUGAGAAGGAGCAGCUGGAGGCCGAGCUGAAGCUGAAGAUGGACCAGGAUCUGAUGCUGGUCAGGGAGGAAGCCGAGCGGCAGCUCUCUCACGUGGCGCUUCAGCACGCCGAGAGUCAGCGCCAGCUCCACCGGGAGAGGGACCUCGCGCAGAGAGCGCCCAGCUGCACAUCAGCCACAGAGGCCGCUUUACAGGAGCUCAGAGGGCGCUGUGGCCACUUGGAGGACGAGCUCGAAGCUUCGCGCGGACGCUGCUCGGAGCUGGAAGCCCGCCUGGAGGAGGCGUGCGCUCAGCUCGCCGUCCUGGAGUCUCACGAGCUUUCACACGAACGUACGGCGUCGGAGAAGGACGAGCUUCUUCUUCAGGUGAGUCGGCUGAAAGAGGAGCUGGGAAACCUGCGCGCGGCGUCCGAAAGCAUCCUGCAGGGCCACGAGACGGCGAAGGAAAGCUACAGCCGCCUCUCGGACGCUUUCGCCCAGCAGCUCGGCGCCAGAGAGCAGACACUGAACGCCCUGAGCGCCGAGCUGCAGACUCUGCAGGACCGUCUCGCCAAACGGGCCGCAGAGCUGGACUCGCUGAGGACAGACCGCGCCCGGCUGAUCCAGGAUCUGAAGGAGCAGGCGAUGGCCGUGGACACGUUGCAGCUGCAGCUGGACGGCGCCUCGGACGAGUCUGAGCGGAGGAGGAGCGCCGAGCAGCAGGUCUGUCGCCUGCAGGAGGCUCUGCGCGACGAGAAGGAACAGGUCUGUCGCCUGCAGGAGGCUCUGCGCGACGAGAAGGAAGAAGUCUGUCGUCUGAGCCAGGAGAACGCCGGCUACGCCCGUCUGGCCGACCAGCUCGCCGGCCAGAUCGUGGAGAUGGAGGCCGAGAUCUCGACGCUCCGAGAGCAUCUGGGAGAGCUCAGCGCGCAGCUCAACGAGACCGCAGACCUGGUCCUGGAGCUCCGGACGAAGCUCAACUCCAAAACCGGCCAGGUGGACCGGCUGCGGGCCGAGGUGGCGGACGCCAGCGAUAUCUUACAGCGAGUAAAUUCCCUCGAGGCAAAGCGAGACUUUGAACGAGAGAAGAAGAAGAUGACGCAGCAGCUGAUGGAGCUGGAGCGGCUGGUUCUGGCUCUGGAGGACGAGAUGGACCCGGCCAGUCCGCACAGGACUCAGCUGGAGGAAGUUCGUUUAGAGAACGGAGCUCUGCAGGAGCGACUGGGCGUCCUGCAGCAGGAAGUCCACAAUCUGGAGGACGACUGCGCCAAGAAGAGGAGGAAACUAGAGGACAUGGAGCAAGAACACGAGAGGAGCAGAGAAGAAGAGGAGAGGCUGCACAAAGAGAACUCCAGAUACCGAGAGGAGGUCCUGGAUCUGAGCGGCAGGAACCUGCAGCUGAGCAACGACAACGCAGAGCUGAGCGCCCGUCUCCGUGGAGACCAGGAGUCACUCCGGAUGCUGCGGGAGCGCCUGGCGACCGUCUCCAAGGAGCAGGAGGAGGAGAGAACUACGGUGCAGCGGCUGCAGGAUGCGGCGCUGCAGCAGGAGAGAGACAAGCUGCAGCUGCAGGCCGUCUGGACGCAGGAGAGGCUGCAGCAACAUCCAAACGCACCAAUGACAGUUUUCUUAAUUUCCCAGCUGGGCCGUCUGUCGGCGCUGGAGGCGGAGCUUAGCGGUGCGACUCUGAAGCUGCAGCGAUUGGAGGACGAUAAAUCCAAACUGCUGAGAGAAGCUGACGACCGAAACACCAAGGUGGAGAAGCUGCAGCAGUCGCUGCUCGCCGUGGAGUCUGAUUCGGCGCUUCUUCGCGCUCAGCUCCACGCCAUUGGUCAGGAGAAACUCGGCCACGCCCAGGAAGUGACCUCGCUGCACAGGAAGCUGCAGGACGCUCAGAGCAAGGUGGAGGAGUGGGAGAGCAGCGCCAGGACGCUGCUGAGGGAGAACCAGGAGCUGCGUCAGGCUCUGGAGGAGAAGGAGGAGCAGGGCCAUCAAACCUCCGUCACUCUGCAGGAGGAGACCCACAAACUCAGAGUCCAGAACCAGGAGCUCCAGCACCAGCUGUCGGAGCAGCAGAACCUGAAGACCAAACUGACCCAACUGGAGACGGAGCGGACGCAGGCUCAGGAUCAGGCGGUUCGGGCCGACACAACGCUCGGUCUGGUUCAGGCGCAGCACGCGCGGCGGCUGCAGGAGCUGCAGCGGCGUGCUGCCGACGGCAACAGGGAGGAGACGGAGCUGCUGCAGGCCCGACUGAUGGAGGAGCAGAAGAAGAGUCAGCAGCUGGAGGAGACGCUGAGACUCCAGAACCAGCAGAGCAGCGCACAUAGCAGCAUGAAGCAGGGUCAGUACGAGAAGGCGCUGUCUGCCCUGCAGCAGAGGACAGAGGAACUGGAGACCAAACUGAAGGGGGUCCGGAUGGUUCUGCAGGAGAAAGUCCAGCAGCUCAAAGAACAGCUGAUGGAGGCACAGCGCAAGAAAGUCACGAGGAGGACCCGAGUCAGCUCUGAACAAACUGCUGGGAACAUCGAUCGGCUUCGCCACACCUUCCACCUAUGCCCUACUCGCCACCUAGCUACGCCCACCCUAGCCAUCACCUAG